UAAUAGAAAAAUUGAGCUAGAACUUAUGAAUAUUAUCCAAAAAAAUAGACAAAUCAAUAGAUUAAUUAGUGAUUGUAAUAAUACUAAUUUAUCUGAAGCUUUGUCUAUUCUAGCUCCAAGACAAUCUUUCAGAAGUUUGGGUGAUUACGAAAUAUCUAAUGAAGAUGCAAUAAAUUUUAUUUCUAUGUCAAGAUCAGUAGAAGAGGGAAUGAAUAUAUUUAUUCUACCUGAAGAUUUAGAAUUAGAUGGGUUGAUAGGUAUAUCGCCUAUAAUAAAUCAAUAUGGAAGAGUAAGAAUAAGUGAUGAAGUUUUCAGGUCUACCUUUUCUAAAUGGCAUAAAAAUUCUUCAAGAAUUCUUGUAAAGUUUGCUGAAGAUAGAGAUGUAAUCAUAUAUUUGAGUCAGUACAAAAAAAUAGAAGAAAAAUUAAGAUAUCAACUUAGUAUCAGCAAAAAUGAUGAUAAACUUUCAGAUGAUAAUUUAGAAUAUUAUCAUAAUAGUGACUUUGAAACUAUGCAUGUUGAUUGGGAACAAGAUAUUCUAUCUGAAAGUUCAAGAAUCUCACCUCAUUUAUCAGCAACUACUAAAACACUAUCUAGCACACAAACAGUCUUAGAAAUUAAAAGAAAAGAAUACUUUGACAAAAUUACCAAUGAUAUGAGUGAAGAAAUACGAGUUUGCAAGGUUAUAGAUGAAAGUAAACAAAAAUGUAAGCAAGAGUAUAUAAAUGUGAGAAGUUCAACAGGCAAUCUAAUCAUGCAUCUCAGAGAUGAAUAUGGAAUUGUUUCAACAAAUGAUUUAGCAGAUCUGAAAAGGCCUCUCUCCACAGUUACUGAUAAUAUAUACAAAAAAAAAAUGGCUGAAUUCGAUCCCUCAUUUGUUGUUCUAGAUUUUUGGUCCAGCAGAGCAGAAUAUGGGUACUUAGAAAUUACCAUGACUUGGAUUAUGUCAAAUUUUGAAAUAAAUGAUGUGAUGUUAGAAAAUAAAUAUAUUCCUUCUCCACAUACUAAUAAAGUUAUUGCAAAUGAACUUAGAUCGUCUUUAUUUUUUAAAUAUGCAAUUACUCAACUUCAAACUGAUUUAUAUAUAUCAGUUGAUCGAGAAAUCAAAAAAGAUGCAAGCGAAACACUAUCAAAUAAUGAGUUGUUUUCUGAUGAAGAUACCAUAUUUGAAUCAGAUGCUACAGAAAUACAAUACAUUGAUUUAGAUAAUGAUAAAAUCAUAAGCAAUAUUACCAAAAAGAGAAUUUCUAUUAAAAAUCUAUUAAAUAUAAUAGGUAUUUUAGAAGAAGUCAAAAAAAAUAUUUAUGAUGCACUAAUAUAUUAUUGGAAUGUUCUAAAUGAACUUAGUUUGAUAGCGACUUUAUUAGAUACUCAAUAUAAAAACUUGGAUUUUUUAUAUGAUGAUAUUGAAAAAGAACAAACUAUUCAAAAGCUUCAUAAUGAAUUUGGAGAGAUGAAAGAAGUAAUAUUUGAAUCAAAUAAAUUACCUCCACCUAAUAUAGAAGCUUCAACAC